CAAAAAUUGUAAUUAAAACUGCAGUGUUAAAGUUUUAAGAAAAUGAAGUAUUUUGCAGUUUUUUUCUUAUUGUUUAUGGUGCAUUCGUGUUAUUGCAGUCCAUGUAAAAGAACUGAAAGCUUGAAUAUUACUAAUGGUGUUGUUUUUGAUAAUGGUACUGUGUUAUUUGAUGGAGUGCAAUACACACGAGAGACUUGGUAUGAUUUGGAAGAAGACGGAGUAGUUACCAGAUAUGGCUGUCCUUGCAUUGGUAGAACUUGCUUGUGGAAAUGUUGCGGUGAAGGGCAGGCUUUCUUCAACAAAUCCUGUCUAAACACAGACUACAGUGCAGCGAAUCCUUUCAAUCCUCCAGUUCACAAAGGAAAAGAUCAAGUGGAUUUCGCAUCUAACAAAUUCUUUUACAUGUACACAAAAUUAUGCACCGAGAGGUACCUGGUAGACCCAAAUACUGGUCUAGAAGAUAUAUUUAUACAAGAGAAUGCGAGUCUUUACUUGUCGACAUCCAAAAGCGAAGUAUGGCUCAAUCCGUCGAGAUACUGCGUCGAUAUGAUGACCAAUACAAAUGAUGAUUUUCGCAUGGUGGCCCUAGUGUGUUAUCCUGAUAAGGCUCCUGACGACGAUAGCCCAGUACUGUACAUCACUUAUGCCAUCGGGCUAAUGAUAUCGAUUCCUUUCCUAUUGGCCACGUUUUUGGUGUACGCCUUCAUCCCUGAGCUGCGGAACCUGCACGGUAUGUGCUUGAUGGCGUACUGUGGAGGCCUGAUCGUCGCCUACAUGUUUUUAGCCUACCUCAAAUUGCAUUCAGGCAAAAUUGGUGUCGCCAUGACCGGUUGUUAUAUCAUUGCGUUCAUCGUUUACUACGCGUUCCAAACGAGUUUCUUCUGGCUGAAUGUAAUGUGUUUCGACAUAUGGAGGACGUUCAGCGGUUAUCGAGGCAGCAGUAACAAACGUCGAGAGAAGAAACGCUUCGUUCUCUACGGCGCAUACGCGUGGGGUUUGCCCUUCAUCCUCACUAUCAUCACCAUUACAAUGCAAUUUGCUGACGUUCCCAACAACAUUAUCACGCCCGGCUUUGGAGCUAUGAGGUGCUGGUUUACAAACUGGAUGAGCGAGUUAGUGUACUUUCUAUCCCCUGUUCUCGUGCUCGUCGUGUGUAAUGUGGUGUUAUUCUCUGUGACCGCACACCGCAUACGCUCCAUCAGGCAGGAGACCGCUAUACUGAAGGGCGCGGAGUCCGCGAGGAGUGAUAAACUUAAACGGGACAAGCAGAGAUUCGGGUUAUACCUCAAGUUGUUCAUGGUGAUGGGCGUGAACUGGACCGUGGAGAUUAUAAGCUUCUCCGUCGGCGGCUCCAACUGGUACUGGAUCCUCAUCGACAUAUCCAACAUCGCUCUCGGCGCUGUCAUUUUCCUCAUUUUCGUGUGGAAGAAGAAAGUCCGCAAUUUGGUUGCGAAGAAAUGGCGCAGUAUACGUGGUAUACGGAAUACGGAGAGCGCAGCAUGGGCCACGCGGUCCAGCUCCGCUCCGACAGAAGAUACACGUAUAUCCAACGACGAGACAGCACUGCGACUUAAGGAAAUACGAUAGGCAGAAAUAUAUCAAGAUUUUGGACCUUGACCUUAGAUUUUGUAAAGAAUGCACAUUAUUUUAUCUUUAGAUUUAUCUUUUUUUCGAUAAUUUAAUGUGGUGUACAGAUGG